AACCUCACUCUCUCAUCCCCUUUCAGGAAAAUAUAGCCAAGGGAGAAUAGCGAAGUGGGAGAAGAGAGAGUAGGCGAGUCGCUGUGAAACCCUAACCCUAGAAUGGACAGAUCAUCGGAGAAGCAGAAAUCAAGCCGAAAACACCGAGAUACCACCGAUCGUGAGAAAGACAGAGAUCGAGAUAGAGAACACAAGCAUCGAAGCAGCAAAGACAAAUAUGUGGAUAUAGAUGAAGAUCGUCACCACCAGUCAAAGCACCGGGACAGCGACGUUCGUCACCGCAGAGAAGAUAACCACCGUAGGGCUUCGAGAGAGUACUCUAUUGAUCGCGAGAAAUCAAUUGAGGCAAGAAGCGAAAGAGAGAGAAGCAGAGAUCGCGAUAAGCGCGAGAAAUCGUACGAGCGUGAAAUUAAGCACGAGAAAUCGAAUGACAUAGAAGGAUCGGUGGAAAGGAGGCAUUCGCAUUCGCAUUCGCACAAGAGGAAAGGGAGAGGGGAGAACGAGGAUUUGAAUGGAGGUGGUGAGAAGAGAGUUAGGGUUUCGGAGGACAGGAAGGUGAUGGUUAAGUUUGAGGAUGGGGUUGAGGAUGUCAAGGAGUUGAACGGAGGUGAGAGGAGACGGAGAAGGAGAUUCGAGGAUGGUGAGGCCGAAGAUAGAGAGGAGAGGAGAGAGAGGAAAAGGUUUGAGGAUAGAGUGAAGAAGGAAGAUAUAGAUGUUGAUGAGGAUGGGAAUCAAGGGGUUUUUGAAGAUAAAUUGGUGAAGGAAGAGCCCGAGGAUAAGCCGGUUGAUAAUGGGGGUGGUUUCGGUGCCAAUGGUGCUGUGUUUGAACCACUCAAUGUAGCAUCAAGGGCUUUACCUGAGACCUCAUUGGCCCCUAGCCAUCCCCCUCCUACCAAGGUAUCUUUGAUUUCUACCACAACUGAAAAUAAGGGAGUUAAUAUUGACAGAUCUCAUGAGGUUCCUGGGAAAUCCAGUACAGAUGGGACAGCUUCAGAUGCUGGCAAGAGUGGAGGGUUAUCUCUUGAUGCCUUAGCAAAAGCAAAGAGAGCUUUACAAAUGCAGAAGGAGCUCUCAGAAAAGCUGAAGAAGAUUCCUCAGUUAAACAAGGAUGCUGGCUCAAGCUCAGUCGGAAGUCCCCAAGUGGGAUCAAAGGAGGGUUUCAAAGCCUCAUUUGCUAGUUCAGGAAUUCUUCACACACCUGUCUCCUCAGGAACUGCCGCUGUUCCUGUUCCUGCUGGAGCAACAUCAAGUGCGUCAGCUUUACCUCCUGCUGCUGUGACACCAUCUGCAAGUGAUAUCCCUCAUCUUGCUGGGCUUACAGCACAAAAGUAUGAAGCUGUAAAACGUGCACAAGAGCUUGCUGCAAAGCUGGGAUUUCGACAGGACCCAGAUUUUGGUCCCCUGAUAAACAUGUUUCCUGGGCAGAUGCCACCUGAGGUUACUGUCCAGCCAAAGCCUGCCAAGGCCCUUUUUCUUCGUGUGGAUACACAGUUCAGGGAAGUUGAUGAGCAUGGUAAUGUGAUAAAUAUGCCUAAUUUGAAGACCCUGAGUACCCUAAAGGUCAACAUCAAUAAGCAGAAAAAAGAAGCAUUCCAAAUACUCAAACCUGAACUGGAUGUUGAUCCCGAGGAAAAUCCUCAUUUUGAUGCCAGGAUGGGUAUUAACAAAAAUAAGAUUUUGAGGCCCAAGAGGUCAUCUUUUCAGUUUGUAGAGGAAGGCAAGUGGUCAAAAGAUGCUGAGCAUAUGAAGUUUAAGAGUCAGUUGGGAGAAGCACAAGCCAAAGAGCUAAAGGCAAAGCAAGCACUGCUGGCAAGGGCUAAGGCAGAGCCCGAUAUAAAUCCAAAUCUGAUAGACGUAUCGGAGAGAGUUAUCGUCAAAGAAAAACCAAAGGAACCAAUUCCUGAAAUUGAGUGGUGGGAUGUGCCUCUUAUGAAAUCUAGUACGUAUGGAGACAUUGCAGAUGGUAUCAUAAGUGAAGAUAAUCUGAAGAUGGAGAAGAUCACUAUCUAUGUUGAACACCCUCGUUCUAUUGAGCCCCCAGCUGAACCAGCUCCACCCCCACCUCAACCCCUGAAGUUAACCAAGAAGGAGCAGAAGAAACUCCGCACCCAACGGCGACUGGCUAGGGAGAAAGACAGACAGGAGAUGAUUCGCCAAGGUCUGAUAGAACCUCCAAAACCAAAAGUUAAAAUGAGCAAUCUCAUGAAAGUUCUUGGCUCUGAAGCAACCCAGGAUCCCACCAGGCUUGAAAUGGAAGUCCGAAGUGCAGCUGCUGAGCGUGAACAAGCUCAUGUGGACAGGAAUAUUGCACGCAAGCUCACUCCUGCCGAACGUCGUGAAAAGAAAGAGAGGAAGCUUUUUGAUGACCCAAAUACUCUUGAAACUAUAGUGUCAGUAUACAAGAUUAAUGAUCUCUCACAUCCCCAGAGUCGGUUCAAGAUUGAUGUUAACGCCCGGGAGAAUCGGUUGACCGGUUGUGCAGUAAUUUCAGAUGGCAUUAGUGUCGUGGUGGUUGAAGGUGGAAGCAAAUCUAUUAAGAGGUAUGGGAAGCUUAUGCUUAAGCGUAUAAACUGGGCUGCUGCAGUGAAAAAAGAUGAGGAUGAAGAUGAAGACGAUGAGAAACCCAUCAAUAGGUGUGUGCUGGUUUGGCAGGGAAGCGUUGCUAAAUCAAGCUUCAAUAGGUUUUUUGUUCAUGAUUGCAGGACUGAAGCUGCUGCCCGUAAAGUUUUUUCUGAUGCUGGGGUUGCUCACUAUUGGGAUCUUUCUAUAAACUUCACGGAAGACCAAAUAUAAUUUGGAAAUUUUUGAUGAAGUGUUUUCCCUCUAAUUGGUGGAACUUCUGUUUGAUUUGAGAUGCUUUUCUCUCAUGUUAUGGUCCAGUUAUUGGCUUUUAAGUACUGGUGAACAGAGUGAGGAGUGCUUGCUCGGUAAGAUGGUAUUCACUGGAGAUGGUCAUCCUUAAUUUUUUUGAGUCGGGAGAUUUGUCGAUCAGGUUUUUCUGUGUGACUGAUGUUUACUUGAUGGAGGAGGAAGACCUGGAAAUGAGUGUCUUCCGGAAGUUCACUUUUUGUGUUAUGGCAUUCCAUUCUUUCUCAACCAUCUUGUGAGGCUUAAAUGCUGUGUUAGUACUUUGCUGCACUGCCUGUGGGGUUGAAUCUGUAGGUGUAAGUACUUUCAAAAGUUUGAAGUCGCAGGUGUUAUGGGAAUAUACCGAAAUCUCAAUCUGAAAUGAUGAUUGCGUCUUCCGAACCUCUAUCUACAUCAUGUCUUGCUUGUCUACCGUGCAUGAAAUUUGGCUCGAGUCAUGGAAAUCUCUCACUAAUCUGAGACUUGUGUCCUGGCAAGACUUCGCCCAAUGCACGGAAUUCUCCAUACCAGGAAUUGGAC